GAGUUUUUAAAAAGCUCGAGCAGAUCAUGUCAUGACGACUUCGCUGCUCCUGCAUCCGCGCUGGCCGGAGAGCCUUAUGUACGUCUAUGAGGACAGCGCGGCGGAGAGCGGCGGCGGCGGGGGAGGCGGCGGCGCGGGCGGAGCGGGGGUCGGCUGCAGCGGAGCGAGCCCCGGCAAAGCCCCGAGCAUGGACGGGCUGGGCAGCAGCUGCCCAGCCAGCCACUGCCGCGACCUGCUUCCGCACCCCGUGCUGGGCCGGCCGCCGGCUCCCCUGGGCGCCCCUCAGGGCGCCGUCUACACGGACAUCCCAACCCCGGAGACGGCGCGCCAGUGCGCCCCGCCGCCGGCGCCCCCCACCUCGUCCAGCGCCACCCUGGGCUACGGCUACCCAUUCGGUGGCAGCUACUACGGCUGCCGCCUGUCUCACAACGUGAACCUGCAGCAAAAGCCUUGCGCCUACCACCCGGGCGACAAGUACCCGGAGUCGUCGGGCGCCUUGCCCGGUGACGACCUGUCCUCUAGAGCCAAGGAGUUCGCCUUCUAUCCCAGCUUCGCCAGCUCCUACCAGGCGAUGCCCGGCUACCUGGAUGUGUCGGUGGUGCCUGGGAUCAGCGGGCACCCAGAGCCGCGUCACGACGCGCUCAUCCCCGUCGAAGGCUACCAGCAUUGGGCUCUCUCCAACGGCUGGGACAGUCAGGUGUAUUGCUCCAAGGAGCAGUCGCAGUCCGCCCACCUCUGGAAGUCUCCCUUUCCAGACGUGGUUCCCCUCCAGCCCGAGGUGAGCAGCUACCGGCGCGGGCGCAAGAAACGCGUACCCUACACCAAGGUGCAGCUGAAGGAGCUGGAGAAGGAGUACGCGGCCAGCAAGUUCAUCACCAAAGAGAAGCGCCGGCGCAUCUCGGCCACCACGAACCUCUCGGAGCGCCAAGUCACCAUCUGGUUCCAGAACCGGCGGGUCAAAGAGAAGAAGGUGGUCAGCAAAUCGAAAGCGCCUCAUCUCCACUCCACCUGACGGCCUACCUGGCUGCCCGCCCCGUCUAUUUAUGUCGCCGCUUUGUACCAUAACCGAACCCACCGAAGGACGCUUCGCCGGUGCAGACGAAUAUUUAAUGUUAUCACGAAAGGGGAACCGCGCCGCCGCCGGGAGGCAGAGAGGAUCGGAGGGCCAGCUCUGCCUCCCCCUACUCCCAACCCCAUCCGCCCCCCCCACCCCCCAUGCAGAUGGGAACUACCCAGCCUCAACGGCUUUGGAGGUGGGUUCAGGUGGGCUGUGGGAGAAAGGCGACUGGCCUCCACUCCCCCUCGCCGUCACCCCUCGUCUUGCGAGAAACCCGAGUGGCAGCGAAGAGCUCAAUCAUUCCAAUCUAAGCAGGGCUGGGGAACCCCAAAUGACUCCAUUCUUGCCUCAUCCUUUGCCCAGGCGGGUAGAAGACCCCCCUGAGGGUGGGGGGCGGGGGUGCAGGACCUGCCGAACUCAUACUUUCCUUCCAGUUCAUCCUCCUGUUCCCUGUCCCUCCUGCUCUCCUUAGUUAGGCAAGAUUUCCAAGUUAAGUUGUUCUGUGCAUAUUUUAAAAUUCACGUUAAUAUUAAUGAUAAUUAUUAGGGAUCUGGCAUCGUGAUUGGAGUACAGACAGUGCAUAGGUUUUCUUUUUUUCUUAUCUGUUUCAACAAAAGCUGGAAUUGACCCAGGAGCCACCUACCCACCCCUGCUUAUCCAAGAAACUGAAUUUCUUGGGAGCCGUGUUUGCCCCCACUGCCUCCUCUGUUCUGCUCUCUCAGUCAACAUGCGGAAACUCUAACCCCGCUGCUGAGUAUGUCCUCUCUCUCUCUCUCUCUCUCUCUCUCUCUCUCUCUCUCUCUCUCUCUCUCUCUCUCUCGUGAGGUUGGGGAUCAGGCCAGGCACAGAAGCAGAACUUUUUUCUAAGGAAAGGACAACCUUCCCUUUCAAGGGGAUGGAGAGUGGGGCUCCCCCAGAGUCCCUCUCCAGGUGCUUCUU